AACCUCAUCCUAUCACGUCUCCCCCCCCCCCUCCUGGCUCGGCUCCCUCAGGUGAUUUUAAGUUUCGGAGCUCGCGGCCUGCGACCCUACGCAUAGUUUGUGCUGGGGGGGGUUGCGUUCGAGUUUUAAGCGCGUGUUAAUAAGUGCUUCUUCUGGUCCCGAGGAAGGGCGCGCAGAAGGACUGGGGCCUUUAAUGACAGGAAGGACUGGUAAGCACGGCGGCCGAGGAGGAGACGGUCUGCCGGACGAGGAGCUGAGUGAAGCGGACGACGACAACAACGUCCUGCCCCCUCCUCGCUCGCUCGAGCUUCUGCCGCCCCGCUCGGCUCCCCACCUGACUCGGUUCCCUCCUCCUCCCUCCCCCCCAGCCCCGUUCCUUUGUCCUCCCGCUCGCGAUUGGCAGGUUUUAUUAUUCCGCCUCAACAAGCCGCGAGCGGAUUGGCCGGCGCGGCUGUGACGCGAGGGGCCGAGCCGCGGGGUAGUUGGGGUUCUGCUCUGUCAGUAACACAUGGGCAAGAGCGGCGGAGAGAGGCAGCGAGGAAGGCGCCAGCGGGGAGACGGAGGCCUCCUCUGCGCGCGUCCGGAGACGAGGCAGCGCCGCCCGGGGAGCCGCGGAGGGUCGUGAGAGGAGGAAGGAAGAAGCAGAAGAAGCCGCCGCCUCCUCAGUCGUCGCCGUCGUCUUAACAGCAACAGCCGCGCGCUCCGGCUCCUUCGCUGCCCCACUCUCGGGACUUUCCCCCUGCGUUGGCCGUUGGCGGCGAGAGGCUUUGGAAGCCGCCCGAGCCCCGCGACAGGGAGGUGGCGGCGGGAAAGAGGUGGGGGGGAAGCGCGAGCCAGCUCGGAAGUGCGGCCACAUCUGCCAAAACUUAACCUAGCUAUUGCAGCAGCAGCAGCGAGAGCGGCGUCGGCGCCGCCGCCCGUGCUCGCCUUUUGCAGCAGCAGCAACAACCCAGCUCUGCAUCUCCCCUCGAGGGGAAGCAGCGAGAGUAGGACGAAGCAGCAGCAGCAGCAGCAAGGAAGGAAGGAAAGGAGGGCUGGAGCAAACGCUUCCCGGACAUUUCCAACACCACCACCUCCUCCCUCCCAGCCCGGGGCUGCUUGCAGUUCCCUGACCCGGACGGAGGGUUGCUGCUCCGCGUAGCCCGGCGAGCGCGCUGGGUUUGCUCCGAAUUGCUCCGCCGUCAAUCGGGAUCGAGCCGGGCCAGCCCACCAGCACCAACCCGCCGGUCUCCCCCUGCGAGAGCUCUCCCGAAGCUACAGCCACGUUGUCCACGGCCUCUUGCACCAUAGAGGGGAAACAGACCAUGGUGAACCCAGGCAGCAGCUCGCAGCCUCCCCCGGUCACCAGUGGCUCCCUCUCAUGGAAAAGAUGUGCAGGCUGCGGGGGGAAGAUUGCUGAUCGCUUCUUGCUCUAUGCCAUGGAUAGCUAUUGGCACAGCCGGUGCCUGAAGUGCUCCUGCUGCCAAGCCCAGCUGGGAGAAAUUGGUACGUCCUGCUACACUAAGAGCGGCAUGAUCCUGUGCAGAAACGACUACAUCAGGUUAUUUGGAAAUAGCGGCGCUUGCAGUGCUUGUGGGCAGUCAAUUCCUGCUAGUGAGCUGGUUAUGAGAGCACAAGGGAAUGUCUAUCAUCUUAAGUGUUUUACGUGCUCUACCUGCCGGAAUCGCCUGGUCCCUGGAGACAGGUUUCACUACAUCAAUGGCAGUUUAUUCUGCGAACAUGAUAGACCUACAGCCCUCAUCAAUGGUCAUUUGAAUUCACUUCAGAGCAAUCCACUACUGCCAGACCAGAAGGUCUGCUAAAAGGUCAGAGUACUGCAGAAUGCGUGCCUUCAUCUCAAACUUUGUUCAUCACAGAUGGAUCCCAUGUCUCCAGUAGACAAGUCACCUUCGUAGCUAGCAUCAAUGCCAGCUCCAUGCCAUUGCACCUUCUUUACUCUUGGUUGCCCUUCCCACAUUUAUUGGUGUAUUAAAAUGACUGAAAAUGAACAUUAAGGACUCCAUGAAUCUGGGCUAUUGGGAGACUGUAGAGGAAAUGGAGAAAAAUGUCCACCAGAAGAGAACAACUUUGGGUGGGGAGGGAGUGGGGGAAAUGACUAAUGAAGCUAAUUAAGAUAAGCUUUUGAGUCUGCUUUCUACCCUCAUUAACAAUCAGCAGGGCACUGGUCAGAAUUUGUACCCUGUGUUUUACCUUAACAACAUUCUCUUUGCUCUUUGUAUAUUUAAGUGUUGUAAGGAAAUGUGUUUCAAAACUCAAAACAUGAGAUAAAGGAAAGAUGGGGCUCUUGUGAUAUUCUAUCACAAACACUUUUAUUGUAUCUCUGUAAAAUACAAUGUAUGUAUGCAUGUAAGUGUUUUUUUUGUCCUAAUGUUGCUACUUCCCAUGACACAAAAAAGAAAAAAAAUCAAGCUCAUAGCAGCUACUGUGUAGAAAUUUUCACCUACUCCUAAUUUGCUGAAUGAAGAAGAAGAAAACUUUUAUUUGUGAUACUUUCAGAGACAUUUGCUCUAGUAUGGUGUAUUUAAAUAAUAAAAACAUAAAAUGAAAA